CAAAUAUCCAGACGAAGAAUAAAUGUACUCUGUAGUACACCCUUCCUCCCAGAAUACCAAUCAUCAGUCCCAGGACAGCGACGCCUCAAUAAAUCUUCUAUCAAAGAUACGCCUGGAGCUCAACCAGCUCGAAUUGACAUUUUACCUAUCUACGUGUUAGCUAGAAUCACCAAGUGACGUACUCAAAGAUGCCCGAUGAAUUCAACAUCCAGCCGAACUUUGGCUCGACAUUUCGCACCUUUUUGCACUCACAAUUUCUCGUCACGCCGCCAUAUCCGGAGCAUUCUUUUGCGGGGCAGACGGUGAUUGUCACUGGGUCGAACGUUGGUCUCGGAUUGGAAGCAGCGCGGCACUUUUAUCGUCUCAACUGUGCCAAGCUCGUAUUGGCGGUGCGUACUGUAUCCAAGGGGCAAUCGGCGAAAGAGGACAUCGUCCGCAGUGUUCGACAUCGGACGGACGCAGAUGCUAUAGAAGUAUGGCCUCUGGACCUCACGAGCACGGCUUCGACGUUGGCCUUUGCACAGAAGGCAAAGACCGAGCUGUCUCGACUGGACGUCGUGGUGGAAAACGCUGGAAUCAGUAAUCCCACAUGGCACGUCCACGAGGGUUUCGAGGCGGUCAUCCAGGUCAACGUCAUCAACACUCUACUGCUCGCGUUGAGUCUCCUACCCAAGCUCACCGAGACAAAGAACCGAUUCCCAGACUCGACCCCACAUUUGGAAAUCGUCAGUUCAGAGGUCCACAAAUUCACCAAGUUUCCAGAGGCCAAUGCUCCAGAUUUGUACCAAACGUUGAAUGACGAGGCAUCGUCCAACCUCUAUGAUAGGUACAAUGUCAGCAAGCUACUGGAAGUCCUGUUCAUUCGGGAAUUCGUCUCGCGGCUGAGCCACUCUCAGCCGUCCUCGCAACCUCCGGUCGUCAUCACGCUCGUCAAUCCAGGCUUGUGCCGAAGCUCGCUGGACAGAGACCAACAUUUCCUCGUCAGAAUGACCACGGACGUCCUCAGGUUCAUCGUCGGGAGGGCGACGGAGGUGGGCUCGAGAACGUUGGUCCACGGUGCUUGUGCGGGCCCAGAGUCGCAUGGCAUGUUCAUGUCAGAUGGGAAGAAUCAGGACGUGGAACCGUGGAUAUACACCGAUCAAGGCAAGAAAGUGCAGAAGAAGGUGUUUGAACAGACCAUGAAAGUCUUGGACGAAAGACGCUUCAAGGGAUCGAAGCCAGAUUGGGGAUUCGACGUGGGAGAAUAUUGAUGGCUCGAGUGUCGGUGAGCAACAACUCGUGCCUACUUGCAGUAUUCGCGGUGGUCUUUCCGCAGAGGGGCAUUUGGGAUACGCGCGGGAGCAUUCGUCGCGAGGAACGGCAGCACGAUGCUGUGUUCUGGACUUCAGCCACGAAUGUUUUUAAAGGUCUGAUUGUCAGGCGUAAAGGGGGAAGUAGCAUCACUAGAGAUGUUUUUUUCUCUCGGAGCUGUUCAGGUAUAUCAAGCUCGAGAACGAUCGAUGAAGGCUCAGAGUUUCAAUCCGGCAGUUGUGGUGAAUUGUUUACACGAUCCCUAAAGGAGGUGGACAAAGCAGGUGCCGAGACCGGGACGGUUGUCCAAUGCUCGUUUUUGCGUCGGUUCUGUCCAUAUCGGUCUCAAGGCGGCACAAAGCUAUUUACAUCUACACAGUAAGAGCUGCUCCGAGCUCUCCGGGCACGCCGCUUUCACAAGCUGACGACCUGCUUCGCAGCUCAACCACUCUUCUCAUUCCCUCCAGCACUCUCACGCACCCUGGCAAGCAACAAUCUGAUUUUUGCUGCUGCAGGGCCCCUUGGUACGCCACCGUCUCAAGACACGAGUUCCCAUAGUUGGCAACCAACAGGGUUGAAUACAUUCUUCUUUGAGUGCCUAUGAAGAAGGGAUGUGGAGGUGUAUUACAUUUAAAGGAGUUGUCUCGCUACGUACCGUGUACAUACUCAACUCAGGUAGAUGACGCUGGUCACCAC